AUGGCCACUUCCACCAUCACCAACGCCCCACUCCCCGGCCUCCACUUCCCAGACUUCGGCAAAAAGCCCACCACCUAUCACAGAGACAUUGAAGUCAACUGCACCGACCAGCUCCCCGACAUCCAACGCAAACUAAACCUCACAACAAAGUUGAUCGCCAACCACUACUCCCUUGCCCUCGCAAGCGGCACGCUAACGACGGAAGGCCCAUUCACAGUCGCCCGCACUCACGCGUGGGAAACUAUGGAUGCGUUUGAGCAGGAAAGUUACAUGUUGUUCGAGGCCCGAGGUGUCUUCUUACCCGUCCUGGACCCGAUCAAGUCGUGCGAUUAUGCAGACCCGAAACGAACAAACAAUAAAUGGUCCUACGUCAAAUGCACGCCCGCGCUCAACGCACUCUACGGCCGCACCGACCUGGUCCCGGGCAACACGCUGUAUUUCCAGCGCUUGUACCCGGGGUUGGUCCCCCUCUUGGAAGCCGUGCAAAAGGUAUUGAGCGCAAUCAAAGCAUUGUCGGGCGGGACGGGCGCCGACCACCGCGUGCACGCCGAAUAUCACGCCGUAAAGAGAUUGCACGCGCAAGCGGCGAGACGGUUGACUGACUUGGGAAUGAAAGGGGUGAAGAAGACGGAGAAAGAGGAGGUGAUGAGGCGGGAUGUGGUGGUUGGAAUGGAGUAUUUGUUGGCGAGGAGGCAUGCAGUGGCCGCGGGGAUGGUUUCGGAAAGAAUUCGAACGGCUAUGGCUGCUAAGAAGGCUGCUGCUGGUGCCCCAACCCAAAAGACGACGACGAUGACUGUGGACGUCAGCAAACCUACCCGCGGCAAGGUUCAGAAGACCGGUGUUUUCGAUUCCGCCAUUUCGAAAUUGCCCACUCUGCCUCCGCUGCCGACCAGACGUCUCUCCAGCGUCACUCUCCCAGUCAGCGUACACAUCACACGCGCAGACUUGAUGCCCAACCACCACAUUCGCGAAGAACUAUCCUCACCCGCCCGUGCUUCCCCGAGAAUCCAAAGCAAAGAACGCACCUCGCCUCGAAUCCAAAUCAGAGAACCUUCCCACCCCAUCUACACACCCAACCCGCGCCGCCCUCGCGACGAAUCGUCCCCCUCGCCGGCGGCCCGCAAGCGCGCUAAGGUGAAUAACCCGGUUAUGACAUGUCGGUCUGAAAGCGCGUUUUUCCCGACGGUGCAGUUGGAGGAUGAAGAGGAUCUGGAGUAUCUGAUGAAUUUCGAGCUGAUGAACUGA